ACAGGCAGCUUUCCGUCAGCGUAGUAUUUUCUACAAAAUAUCUAAAAUAAAGAGUUAUUAUUAUAUUUCGAAAGUUUAUACAUAGCGUAUUUUUAUAAACAAACUAUAUUUAAUAUGUUUAGUUACUGUGCAACUGUUAACGUGUGAAUAGAGAUAAAUGUGAAUGUUCGGACUCCAUUCUACAAUGAAAGAUGUCGUACUAUUGGUAUGUGUACAGCCGAACAAAACGAAAGUGACUAGUUGACCGUGUGUUAAACGGUGAUUACUGAAACAUUCGGCUGCAAUAAAAAUGGCGCAGACGGUCAGACGAGCGAUCGAGGGUAGAUACCCGUCCUGUUACAUACCAAGUAGGAUAAAAGAAAGACGAGCAAAAGCCAGGGCAUUGAGGUUAGAACAGCAAAGGAAACCAGAUAAGCCUGAGGACUUUGUGUGUUAUUCGGACAGUGAUAGUGAGGAGGAGACUCCGGCACAACAGCACAAAAUUUUGUCAACAUCAUAUAACUUUGUGGACUAUGUACGAUCUCGGGAGAUUCAAUCUAAUGAGCCCCGCUCAGUGGAUCCAUCAUACGCGACUCGACACAUGCUCACCCACGACAUGUUCCGGGAGACCCCCAUCAACCUCGGGAACAUGAACAAGGUGUUCUGCUCGCAGUGGCUCUCUGACAGACAAGUAGUGUUCGGCACCAAGUGUAAUAAGCUCAUGGUGUACGACGUCCGUCGUCGUUCCCUGGACAACAUCCCGACGUUACGACCUCGCGCGCCCUGGGCCGGCGCAGACCAACAGACUGGGAUACAUGCACUACAGAUCAAUCCAUCCAGAACGUUACUGGCGACGGGCGCCCGCAACUCGUGCGAGCUGGCCAUAUACAGUCUGCCCACACUCGACCCCGUCUGUGUCGGGGAGGCGCAUAAAGACUGGAUCCUGGACAUGUGUUGGCUGGACGACGAGUUCCUGGUGACAGGAUCCAGAGACUCCAAGCUGGCACUAUGGCGCGCGCCUAGUGCAGCGCCGCAGAAUCACUCGCAUCACUACGUCGCUCCACUCGCUAUCAAGGAGUGUCGCUCCGGUCAGAAAGUCCGCGCGCUAACCUUCAACCAGCGCUGGCGUGAGAUAGCCGCGUUGACCCUGAACGGAUACAUCCACGUCUUCAACGCGGAGACAUUCCGACAGACUCUGUCCAGGAAACUGCCCUCCUGUCAGGACCUCGUGUGUCUGGCAACACAGGAGAGCGGGGUGUACGCGAUCGGUUGCAAGUCGUACACGUUGCUGCUGGACUGCCGCACGCUGCAGUCCGUCAAGAAGGUCACCUCCCGGUACAACGGCUGCGGGAUACGGUCCGCCUCCUUCCGCGGGGACAUGCUCACCAUCGGGACCGGCCUGGGUUUACUAAUGUUCUACGACCUACGCGCGGGCAAAUACUUAGAGAGCAAUAUACAUUCUACUAAAACAGUCACGCUCAAGGCUUCCAGGGGAUAUGUGUUCCCCGACGAGGAAGCGGACGGCUUCAGUCAAGUGAAGCAUGUCCCAGCAAUAUACACGCAUUGCUACGACGACAGCGGGACCAGGAUCUUCACUGCCGGGGGACCAUUGCCCGCGCCACUCAUUGGGAACUACGCAGGACUCUGGCAAUAACUGCUACGGCCAAUAUUGCCCAUAGUGGACAUACGUUUAGUCCACUGUUGGGCAACAUUUUUCUGGGCAUGGCAAUGUUAUCUUCAACCUCUGUUGUCUCUAUUCCACUGUUGGACUAAAGUAUUUACAAAUGCUUAUGAGUACUAUGACCCAUUUUUAAAAUGAAAAGAAUAAUGACAUUCGCUUUUAUUCAAAUAUGAUGAUUAUAAUAUUUUUUAUAAUUAUUUUAUUUAAUGUAAAUUGUCUAUAUUACUUACAUUAAAUGUUAGUUCAUUCUCAUUGAUUUAUGUCAGGUCGGUGAAUGUGAACAAGGAUGUAAAUUAUUAAUUAAAAUAUCUUUAGAAGUUGCUCGAAAUAUUUGUAAAGCGCAAACGUAUGGUUGGUCCAGAAUAUUCAGAAAAUUUGCUAUCUAGAAACACUGGUUUUUAAAUUGGAUACAACAUUUAGUAUUUAUGAAAGUAGAAAAUAUUGAAAGCAUGUUUUAUCUCAAUUAGUUUUGUGUUCCUCAAUUUUUGAGAAUUAAUUGCAAUCCUAUUUGGAUAUUCUCCGUACAGACUCGAAUCUUAAAUGGAGAAUCUAUUACAAUUAUUAUAACGAUCGCCUUUAACCACUUGAAUGCCCGUAUAUGGGACACAAUAGAAAGAAAAUAAAUUGUGUCUCGCGUGGAUCCAAGUUUAGACACACGACGGGUUAAUCAAAUCUUGUAAAUAAGUAAACCUCCAAAGCUCAGUCAGUUUCUACUUUCGUAAACGCUAAAGAUGUUUUCCAACCUUUUGCAAGUUCAUACCAAAUGUGUGAGUAAGACAACAAUACCUCAAAACCAACGAGUGUAAGAGAGACAGAAGCAGCCUGUAACCCAUGGUGGUUGGCCCAGCGCAAACCGACGAGAAUAACUCAAUUUAGAAUAAACCUUAUCUACUGUGACAUACGGGUGAAAAUAACAUCCAAAGAUAAAGGAGGGCGGCCCGUCGUCAAGCUACUUUGUCAUGUCGUUUCCAUCCGUAUGCCAUAUUAGUUAAGGUUCAUUUUAAAUUGAUUUAUCGUUUGUGCUGGGUCUAACUUCGGUCGGCUAGAUACUAGUAAAAUAAAUAUAAAACAUAGUAUUUAUAAUAAAAAUGGUUUCUAAUUAGAAGUGUACGGAAUUGUGUAUUGAUAUAGCAAUAAUGAAGAAAAUAAGAGUGCAAAAUUAUUUAGAUUGUAUCCAGCGAUGUGGUUUUGAGUGCAAUACAAAUGUUGAAGGGAACCACAGAGUAUUUUGUAAAGGUCUAAUUGUUUUAUGUUGUUAUUGUAUUGGUAUAUCAACCUACUCCGAUGUGUCAAUUUUUAUCAUUCGAUUUUAAGACUUUAUUUCUAAACUAUUGAGUUGAAAAUCGAAUAAGGAAAUUUGAUGGAAAAGAGUAGGUUGAUGUGAUUUAAGCUGCCCACUGUACCUUAAUAACUCUAGGUACACCACCACCUUAAGAUAUUCAGAUGUUUUUAUUUAAUUUUCAACUUUAUGGUACAGUAACAAGGUUGGGAAUCUGGUAAAGUUAGAAGUUAGACAGCCUGUAUUAUGAACUUUACAAUUACUCUGUGUGUAAAAUAAUUAACAUUGUUUUUAAUCUUCCGCGGCAAUUCCGUCAAUUAUUUUUCAUUUGCUAAAAUCAAUAAAAACUUUAUUGUGUAAAUAAUAGAUGUCAACUAAAAAUGCUUUGAAAAUGUAAUGUCUAACUGAUGCCGCGGUCAAUUUUGUGGAGAGAAAUAAAAGUUACGUUGCAAUUUGUCAUUUGGCGUAAAUUUUAAGUUACGAAAUAGUCACCGAUAUACGAAAAAUUAUCAGUUUGCAGUUCUGGUUUGGGUCGAUAAUGGUUUUGGUGAUGCCUUGAUAUCUUGAUACCGACACUUAUCACUUCAUGAUUCAAUGCCGCGUGUACCUCAAGUAAUUUGUAGACGAAACGGGACGCUUGCCUAUGUAUAUAUUAAAUAUAAAUAGUUUAGAUCAAUCUACAUUUUAUAGACGACUGCAGAUCAAAGUACCCUUUUAUUGAAGUGAUUUUAGACUUUAUCGUCAAGAGAUGUGGUUGAAAAUCUGUUGCUUGGCUGAUUGGGUAGGUUGAUCGGCUCUCGUCUAAUCUAUUCAUUUGUUUAUUAUUAAAUUGUUUCUCAUAAUUAUUUUCAUUUGACAUUGUGAUUUUAAAUUAGUUCUUAAGGUUCGAACAGUAAUGUUCAAAUUGAAUCGUUAUGUAAUUUAAGGUUGCAUUGUGCAUAUAUGGGUUUAUUUUAAAUCUAUAAGCCGUCCCGUUUUUACGGAUACAUAGUUGCAAUGUGUUCAUAGUAGUUAUUUCUUUAAACCCCACAAAAACAUGAGACAACUUUUGAAAAUAUAGAACAAUAAAUGCAAUCUUUCUCGGUAUAAAAAUAACUUUCAUGAGACGCCGGUAAACGAGCUGACAGAUC